AACAACAACUAGUUAUGAAUCAGAGAUAAAGGAAUAACCACAAGUCAUUAUAUUUUAUGUGAUGUGCUAUAUUCCAGCUUUUUAAUUGUGUAGAAAAGUGUACAGUUAAUUCCUGAUUAGUGUAUUUAAUAGUCUGGAUUUAAACUGCUGUGAAAACGUUUUUGCAUAUUUUCAGAUAUUCAAUCAAAAGAUAUUAGAUAAAUGGAACCUGAGUGAAUAAAUAACACAACAUUUACAUACUUAUUUAAUUUAUUUCUUAAACAAAGUUAUGCUCCCUUACACUAAAUAACUGGCUGUGCCUCCUUCAGCUGAAAUGACAACCAACCAUACAUUCCCUGUAAUUGUUGAUCAGUCUCUCACAUUGUUGUGGAGGAAUUUUAGCAAACUGUCCCAUGCAGAUCUGCUUUAAAUCAGCGACAUUCAUGGGUUUUCAAGCAUGAACUGCUCGUUUCAAGUCCUGCCACAAUAUCUCAAUUGGGAUUAGGUCUGGACAUUGAGUAGGCCAUUCCAAAACUUUAAAUUUGUUACUUUUAAUCCCUUUUCAUGUAUACUUGAUUGUGUGUUUUGGAAUGGUGGCACAACCAGUUAUUGAGAGUAAGGGACAAAUUACUUUUUCACACAGGGGUAUUGGGUGUUGCAUAACUUUGUUAAUGAAAGAAAAUAAAUAACUAUAAAAAGUUUAUAAACUCAAGUUCCCUUUAUCUAAUAUUAGGUUUUGGUUGAAGAUCUGAUAACAGUAAAAAAAGAACCACAAAUAGAGAACCAGAAAGGGGGAAAUAAUUUUUCAUGUCUCUGUAUGUUCAUGUGAAACCGACAUCAGUGUGCGGUUAACAGUAUAGCUUCCACCACUGUCCCUAUCACCACUCCUUGACAACAUACCGACCAAUUGAAAAAUCACCUGUAAAUAGAAAUAAGUUAAUAUUAUGUGAGUGGACCAAGUCAUUUGGUGUCACUCUAAAACAGAAAGGUGGAAUAAACAAGUCAGGAGUAGGUUUUCUUGGUUGAACGCAGUUCUCUAUUGAGAGAUUUCUGACAACACUUCCACAUAAUCAAUGAGAAUCUCCCAAGGAACAACAUACAUCUUCUUCUUUAGAUGACACAGGAACACAAGACGAUUAUCUUUAAACUAUAACAACAAUCACAGAUUUGUCACUGUCUUAAUGGAUCUUCUUUGGCUAGCUCCGUUCUCUUGGUAGCCAUUCUACAGAGAGGGGUUGUCUCUCCUCUCCCUGCUGGUUCCAUCCUCUCUCUUAUAGGGGAAAGAGAAUAUGUCAUUAGUACCGUCAGCUGUGCCUAAUUACCUCUGGUUACCUUGUCUCAACAUGCUUUGUUGGGCUACUAUCCGUGAGCCCAGCCUGCCCUCUGGUGGUCCUUCCACAACUAUUAUUAUUGGGAGAGACUGUAACAGUGAUGGUAUAAACCCUGGAUCGCUGAUUCUAUGUAACGGCCAAUGAGAGACUAUGAAACCACCGGUCUCUAUAUAUGGUACUCCCCAGAAGAAGCAGUCCUCCAUGAUAAUUAAUGGAAUUCUACAGUAUUUAAAUCAAAUGUUUCAAGGACUAUAUUACAUGUAUUUCAGUAUUUUGUUGUAGAAGGGACAGUAAAGUUAGUACUCUAUAAAUUAAAUACUUUAAUGUCUUUACAUGUUUAUUAUUUUAUUUGUUAUGUUCAGGUCAUAUGAAAAGCAUUAUCUGGAGCACACCCAGAGAAAAUGACUUAGUGUAGAGGUGCUGACUAACGGUGAAUACACUGUAAGCUAUAAAAACAAAAGAGAGUUGCACAAUCUAUAUAUAUAUAUAUAAACUCCCAGUAAUUUAUUGGGUAAAACACCAACGUUUCGGCAUCACUGUUUCUUCUUCAGGGUAAAGUCAUCAAUGAUUGAACCAGGUUAUGCAGACAAACAGUGCAAUUAGUGCAACCAAUGACAAUCUUGAGGGUUGUGUCACAAUUAUGAGGUUAAUUAGAGUGAAUUGAGUGAAACUGUUAAAAGACAAUAGUUUACAUCAUAUUGAAAAUAUUAGCCUAUUGUUAUCAUUAAAAUUAGCAUAAGAUUAGCAUCAACAUACAUUAUUGUUUAAUUAAAUUUCACAUGUAUUUAAUUGUUUCCAAUUUCAUAAAAUGUUGUUACAUGUAAUCUUUUGGUUCAUCAAUAAUGCAUAAUAAGCAUCAUCAACAGGGGGAACAUAUUGGUUGUACGCUGAUAAACUGUAGAAAGAAUACAUUCAUUUAUAAGACUUCUUCAUGAAAUGAAUAGUUCAUAAGAAGGGCCUGAGAUCAAAGUCAAUAUUAAGACAGGAGGGGUCAAUGUUUUUAAAUACCUCCUCUCCUUGGUUGGCCAACAUGCUCAAUGCGUGUGUAUAUGUGUGUGUUUUUGAGUGAGGAGAUGGGAUGGUUAGCUUCAACAAAGUGAUCUACUACUGGAUAGUCAGUGUUAUUACACCUGAUUGAGCUGCGGUGUUCAGCUCUGCAUUGUUUUAAUUGUCUUUCGUUUUUUAUUCAUCGAUUUUAACAGUGUUCAGUUAAAUAAAGGUCAUGAACACUUACCAAGCUGCUCUUUGGUCCGAUUCCUCCUCAUCAGACGACGACCCACGUUACAGUGGUCAGCUCUGCAUUGUUUUAAUUGUCUUUUCGGUUGUCCUACGUAGGUUUUUCCACAUGAACAUGUGAUGAGAUAGAUUACUCCCUUUAUCUUGCAAGAGAUGAUACCCCUAACAGGGAUGUUUCCACCUGUAUGUGGGUGUCUGAAGAAGGAUGUUUGUGUAGUGCUAUUGCACUGUGAGCAUGAGUCACAUUGGUAUUUCCAAUUUGGAUUGUGUGUCAAGAGUGUCUGAGUGGGUUCAUGGGGCAGGUCAGAUCUCACUAAACUAUCCACAAUAUUGUGACCACGCUUAUAGACCACCAGUGGGUUGGUCCUUGAAGAGGUGUGCAAUUGUUGUGUCUGAUUGCAGAAUAUGCCAGUGCUUCUUCAGGCUUGCUUUAAUUUUCUCUGAACACUUGGUGUACUUAGUGCAAAAUAUUUGUUUUUCUUCUUUGGUUAUCUUUUUAUCAUUUCCUCUCGUGGUUUUUGAGAUAUUAUCAUCAUUGCAUCAAUUUUUUCCAUGUAGCCUCUGAUUUUGAAAUUGUUUUCUUAGCAUUGCUGUCAAAAUCUGAAUGUUGGCCACAGAUUCGUUUAACACUGCAUAACUGGCUAUAUGGUAGACCAUUCCUGAGUGGAAGGCGAUGCACACUAUCAGCACGUAGCAGAGUUUUGAGGUCUGUUGUGCUUUGUGUACAAGUCUGUAUGUAAUGCAUCAUUCUCUUUGAUGAUCCAUAAGUCCAGGUAGUUUAUAUUUCUCUCAACAGUCUGCAUGGUGAAUUUGAGAUAUUCAGAGCUCUCGCUUAGCAGAGUUUGGAAUUAAUUUAGUUCCUGCUGACUUCCUUCCCAGAGCACAAAGACAUCAUCUAUGUAUCUCUUCCAUGAGAGGAUUUUUAGAAAGUAGGGAGUGUCUCUGUUUUGAAGGAAAAUAGGAAAUAGGAAAAACUCUGACUCAAAGAUGAAGCAGCUAUUGGAUAAUACCAAUUUAGUGAGUUUCAAGAUGCAAUCAUUGGCUGGAGAAACGGUAGGGUCUCUCUACUGAAGGAAGUGUUGCAGGUCACAAAUAUAAUUUAAAAGUCUGCAUUAUGGUGUCUGUAAGAGAAUAUACUUGUCUAAACCGAAUUUAGACAUUAAUAAAUGCAUUUCUAUAGCUUCCAACAUCUGUUUUACACUGGAGGAGGAGUAACAAAAUGGCUGUGCAGUUGCCUCCAAACAGAGGCUCCUAUCAGUCAUCUAGGAUUAGUACACAUCAUUGGACUGAACUGAAAAUACAUCAGAACCUCCCUGAUGUUGUCCUUUAUGUUGCAGGUGUUUUGGCCUGUUUUGGUCGACGAGAUUUGUUCACCACAAUGCCAGAUAGACUGGAUGUACUGACGGGCUCCUGUAUGCAAAUCCAAUGUUCAUUUGAUAUUCCUGACCCACAUAAUACAUUUAACAGCACAAUACUAACCUCUGGAGUAUGGAUUAAAGAAUCCCCAUACUUUGGUGAGCUUCCGGACAAUGUGAUAUUUAACAGUAGUGAGACGGUGAACAGAUAUCAAGGGAAGAUAACUGGAAACAUGUCCCAGAAGAACUGCACCACAGUCUUCUUCAAUGUAACCACCAAUUACACUAAUAAAUACUUCUUCAGGAUUGAAGGUCAACCAUUCCGUGCAACAGACACCGAAAAUGCUGUUAAUAUAGUUGUCAGUGAUUUUCCUUCCAGUCCCAUCCUUACUGUCUCAGGUGAGGUGAAGGAAGGGACCCCUGUCAGCUUGAACUGCUCUGCUGUCGCUCCCUGUCCUGAACACCCCCCUGAGCUGACAUGGACUCUCCCAACACAAUUCACACCUGAGAACCAACUGCAGGAGAAUUCAGACCAAACCAAAUCAGUUCUCUCCGCGGUGAUCUUCACUCCGUCAUAUCUUCAUCAUGAGAUGAACAUCACUUGUACUGCAGUCUACCCAGUAGGGACAAGCAACAAGACAGCUGAACAUAACAUGAUGCUUAACGUUUCAUUCUCUCCUAAGGACACCUUGGCCUCCAUCAGUCCAGCUCAUCCAGUAUUAGUGGGCAGCUGCGUUAAUCUGACCUGCAGCAGUACAGCCAACCCUCCUGUGACAAAUUUCACCUGGUUCAAGAUCAGUGGGGGUAAACGAACACAGGUAGCAACUGGACAGAGUUACACCCUCAAUGUGACUGUUGGUGAUGGAGGACUAUACUACUGUGAAGCAAGAAAUAGUCACGGCUGUGGGAAGUCAAAGGAAGUGCAGCUGGCUAUAAAAGGUCAAGAAGAGGUUAUUGGGGUUGCAGCAGGAACUCUGGGGGCCUUUUUGCUUAUCAGUCUGAUCAGUCUUUUUGUAUGGAGGAGAAACUCGAGGCUCCACGAUGGACUUGAAAGGACAGACAGUCCACAGGGACAGAACUCCCCGGUUGGGACAGUGUGUACUAACCAGGCCACUACCGGAGAGGAACCAGAGGAACCUGCAGAAGACCAGCCUGAAGAGAUCCAAUACGGUGACAUAGACUUCUCCAAACUACAGACCAAAGAGACCCCAGCUGCAGCCCAGGACAGGGUCCAGGGACAGGAGAGUGAGUACGCUGAAGUCAACGUGACUGGGAGAGGGGCUCAGGAACCACCUCUUAACAACCUAGAUGGGCUUUAUGCACAAGUCAAUAAAAUAAGUGCUUGUUAAUUAUUUUUCCAAUGGGUAUUAAGUGUUUUUAUGUACAGUAUUGUCAUUGUGUAUCUGUUUUCUAUUGGUACUUUUGUUACAUUUAUAAUUGUGUGCUCUUUGAUUAUCUGCAUAGUUGUAGAAUUUUCUGGGUUGAAGAGAGUUAAACUGUUACUAUAGUGUUGAUAUGAUGAUGCAGGCUGCUCUUUAUUUUGGACCAUUUAUUUUGAGUGUUGAGUUCACAGAGCAUCUGUUUAAUUGGUUCCAGUAUAGAGGAACUGCUGAGUUCAACUAGCCUACUGAAGGCAGAUUAAGACCAUUUCAAGUCAAUGAUGACUGAGGAGUGAAGCCACAGUUAGUUGGUGAGACAGUGGUCUGAUACAAGACAGGAAGUUGGUGCAGGAAGUCUACAUGAUGGCAGAAUGGUGUUAACAUCUACUAGUCACUGUUUCUCUUGAUCUUUUGUGCAGUUGCCAGAAUAACAAUUUUUUCUAUUUUCAGUUUAUAUCUAUUUAGAAUUUAUAGUUUCAGUUUUUAUGUUGAGUGUUAAACAACAGAAUCAAUUGAGGCUGAAUUUAAGGUUGUUUAUUAAUUGCACUGCAAUAAAAACCUUUACAUUCAA